AUGGAGAACCUGCCGCAGCCCAAGGCGAUCGACCAUCCGACGCAACCUGCCAAGAUCCCGGAGACAUCCGCCAAGAAGACGGUCAGAAAUGCCAUGUCCUCCAAGCUCCUGGACAACCUGCCGCAGCAGCUCAAGACGAUGGACCAUCCGACGCAACCUGCCAAGAUCCCGGAGACACCCGCCAAGAAGAAGACGGUGGAGAUCACAACAAACAGGGCGUCUGAUCCCGUCGCCCCGGGCUCAUCUUCCGCGGCGACCGUGCCGGCCGGCCCUCGGCAUAGGGGGGCCGCUCCGACCCGUGUUACAAGGGAGCUGGUCUGGCUCGACCAACUCCCAACCCUCCUCCUGCCCCGCGCCACCCUCCUGCCCCGCGCCGCCACCCUCCUCCUGCCCCGCGCCGCCACCCUCCUCCUCGCCCCGCGCCCGCACCUCCCCGUCGCCGGCCGCCCCCGCACCUCCCCGUCGCCGGCCGCCUCGCAGCUGGCCGUCGGCCGCCCGCGCCCGCACCUCCCCGUCGCCGGCCGCCCCGCACCUCCCCUUCCCCGACCGCCCUCCUCCCCUCGCCCCGCCCUUCCCCGGCCGCCCUCCUCCUCGACCCUCCCCUUCCCCGGCCGCCCUCCUCCCUGCCCUCCUCCUUCCCCGGCCGCCCCGCCACGGCCCCCGCCCCGCAGACACACCGCGCCGCGCCGCCCCUCCUCCCCUCCCGCAGCACGCCGCAGCGACCCCCUCCUCCCGCAGCACACCGCCCCGGCCCCCUCCUUCCGCAGCGACUCCCCUCACUGGCCGGCUCCAUGGAGAGCUCAAAGGCACCGGCGUGAGCACCCCGACGUGACGACCCGGGAUCUUGACGCGAUUCGCUCCGGCCACCGACAUCGCCACCUCCACGUUCGACAUCGCCACGCGAUUCUCUCCGUCCGCCGAGGGUGA